AUGCUGAAUUAUACAGAUUUGGCUACAGAGGCACGGGAAUACCACUGGCAGGCUCAUAUGAGACCUAUUGAAGUAGGAAUCAGAGGGGAUGCUGCCAAGUUGACAACUGUGUUUUUUAUGGAAUUUGUCCUCAACCAGGGACAAGACAGAGAUGGAAUCUGCAGAUCUUGGGGGCUGUACCACUUUGAAACGUUUGAUGGCAUCUACUAUUACUUCCCAGGGAGAUGUUCAUACAUCUUGGCCAAAGACUGUCAUAGCACAGAACCACAGUAUACAAUAUGGGUUCACAACAGUCGUGACUGCAAUAGUUCAGUGUAUUCCUGUCCUAGGUCCCUAAGCCUAUUUUUCCACAAUGAAGAAGAAAUUCAUAUUGUUAGACAUGAGGUUAAGAAAGGUGGUCGAAGGUUGUCUUUACCCAUAACUAUUCGACAUGUAUUCAUUGAAAGACUGGCUGACUAUAUAUUGGUGAAGAGCACAUUUGGUUUUUCCCUGGCCUGGGAUGGCGGCACAGGUGUUUAUAUCAAAAUGUCAGAGGAGCAUAAAGAACAGCCUUGUGGGCUCUGUGGAAACUUCAAUGAUAAUGCACUGGAUGAUCUCACCACUAGCUACAAUGUGCAGACGGAAGAUACUGUUAGAUUUGGAAAUAGCUGGGCUGUGCAGAUACCAACAGAGCCACCAUGCCAGCCUGUGGAAGAAGAUUUCCAAAGUCCUUGUGCGAGAGAAUCUGAAAUGGUGGAUGCUAUGGAGAAGUGCAGCGCCAUUUUAUUCUUUCCCUUUGUCUCCUGUCAUGAAAACAUUGACCCCAACCCAUAUGUUUCCAGCUGUAUCAGCGACCAUUGCAUGUCAGGCGAUGAUGACACAUUCUGCCGCUCAAUCAUGGAAUACACUAGAGCAUGUUCACAUGCUGGUUAUCCUGUGAGGGAAUGGAGAGACAACUUCCCAGCCUGCUCUGAUGAAUGUGAAGAUAGCUUUGUUCACAGAGACUGUAUCAGCUGUUGUCCUCCAACUUGUACCUUUGAGAAAGAAUGCCUUGGCAGUAAUCUUCACUGCCUAGAUGGAUGCUACUGCCCUGAUGGAUUAAUUAUGGAGAAUGGAACUUGCAUUCCUGUUUCAAACUGCCCAUGUGUAUAUCACGGAACUGCCUAUCAACAAGGUUAUUUACUGGAACAAGGCUGCAGUGCCUGUGUGUGUAAUAGCGGAACUUGGAACUGCACAGAAAACAACUGUUCAGCGGAGUGCUCAGUAACAGGAGACACUCACGUCACUUCCUUUGAUGGACGAAUCUUCAUGCUUGUAGGCACCUGCCAGUAUAUCCUCGUCAAGAGUUGGAGAACUAGCAAGUUCACUGUGAUUCUGCAGAAUAUGCCCUGUGGUGAGGCACUGGAGCAAUCCUGCAUUCAGUCUGUAAUAUUGGUUGUAGAUGAGGAUGUUAACAAGCAGGUUACACUCACUAGAGAUGGAGAAGUGUUGAUUGGCAUUAACCAGGCUGCUAAUCUUCCAUAUAUUGAAGGGGACAUUGAAAUUCGCAAGAUCACAUCAUUGUUUAUUCAGAUAAAGACUCAUUUUGGUCUACGAAUACAGUUUGAUGGAAUAGGGGGAAGACUGUACUUACAAGUUGAGAGCAGCUGGAAAGGUGGAACUCUGGGUCUGUGUGGUACCUUUAAUGGAAACUUAAGAGAUGAUUUUCUGUCUCCUUCAGGCAUGAUUGAAGGCACUCCCCAGCUUCAUACUAAUGCCUGGAAAGUAUCAUCAGCAUGCACAAGCCCUUUAAAUAUUCCCUUAAUCGACCCAUGUGAAAUGAAUCAGCAAAACGCUUUUUAUGCAUCACAGUGUGACGUCAUUAAUGAAGAGUUGUUUGUGCCUUGCCACUCAUAUGUAAGCCCUAGUGUAUAUUAUCAACAAUGUCGUUAUGAGGCUUGCAAGUGUGGGAGCAGCUGUCUUUGUACUGCCCUUGCCCAUUAUGCAUACAUCUGUGCCAAGCACAAAGUCAUUGUGAACUUUAGGGCUCACGUCUCUGAAUGUGGUAUGAUUUGUCUUGGUGGCAUGCAAUAUCAUUCGUGCACAUCUACUUGUGGCAAUACUUGUCAUGCUCUGUCUAAAAAUGAGGAAUGUAAUGAUGACUGUGCAGAAGGGUGCAACUGCCCUCUAGGAACAUAUUUUGAUGAAGUGAGACAGCGCUGCGUAACAGAUGAAGAAGCUAAGCUAUGCAGUGCCAAUGCUACAGGAUGGAAUGGCCCAGAAGAUCAAGGGCUUUAUCUUACAUUAGGAAGGUACCUGUUGACUCUUGAUCCAGAGCCUGGUGAAUGUCCUCCAGGGAAGAUUUAUUUUAACUGUAGAGAUCUACAGGCUGGACAGCCCCGCACUGGCAUUGCCUGUGAAGUAACUUGCAGGAAUUUGAUGAUGAACUUGACCUGUCCACCUAUGACACCCUGUGUGUCAGGGUGUGGAUGUCCACCUGGGUUGGUGAGACACAAACAAGAAUGCUACUUCCCUGAAAAUUGUCCUUGUGCUUGGAUGGGACAGGAUUACUUGCCUGGAGAGGUGGUAUCCACUGCUUGCUACAAAUGUGUUUGUCAGCGAGGAUUUUUUAACUGUACUCAUUAUCCCUGUCCAGCGGUUUGUACGGUAUACAGUGACCGUCAUUAUCACACCUUUGAUGGCUUGGAAUAUGACUAUGUCAGUGACUGCCAGGUUUACCUAAUAAAGAGCAAUAAUGGAACAGAAGUCUCUGUAACAGCGGAGAACCAAGAUUGUUACGAAAGCGGCAUUAUCUGCAUGAAGCACCUUACCAUCUUUGUUGGUUCUUCAAAAAUCUAUUUCAAUGAUAAUUCUGGAAAACCAAGUUCUUCAAGUGUCAUUGGAAGGGGUUACGAAUUUCAGCUGUGGAAAGCUGGCUAUUAUACUGUGCUGCAUUUUCCAAAGCAAGAAAUAACUAUUCUUUGGGACACUAAAACUACAGUGCACAUACAAGCUGGACCACAGUGGAAGGGCCAGCUAACAGGAAUGUGUGGUAACUUUGAUAAAAUUACUGUAAAUGAUAUGACAACAUCAAGUAACAUUGAGGUAAGCAAUGCUCAAGCAUUUGGAGACAGCUGGGCCCUUGGACAGUGCGAAAGUGACUAUGUGGUCAAGAGGCCAUGUGAAGGGGAUCUUAUCAGGCAGCCAUAUGCUAAAAGAGAAUGUGCUAUACUGUACAGUGAUGUAUUUACACCCUGUCAUAAUGUGGUUGAUGUGACUUGGUUCUAUAAAAAUUGCCUGACUGAUACUUGCAAUUGUAACCGUGGUGGGGACUGUGAAUGUCUGUGUACAAGUAUAGCAGCGUAUGCUCACAAAUGUUGCCAACUUGGAGUAGCAGUAAACUGGAGAUCUCCUUCUGUCUGCUCAUAUGACUGUGAAUACUACAAUCGAGAGCUAGGUGAAGGACCUUACAUACUGUUUAACUCUGCCUACAAUGACACUGUUUUUGGUGCUAAUCUAACAAGUGGAGAAGUGUUUCCAUUGCCAAAGAUCAGUGCAGAAGGAAAAGUUCUUUUUAAUUUUAUGAUAAUAGCUGGACUUUAUAAGGACAGAUUUUCAAGGUUGCCAGUUGUGUCCUUUGAAUCAGCAGAGAGGCCAAAUUACUUUCUUUGUGCUUCUGAAGAUGGUUCUCUGAGGCUGGAACAAUGGAGUGCUAAUGAAGAUUUUAGAAAAGAGGCCACCUUCUUGCACCACCAGGGCCUGUGGAUGCCAGGCUACAGUUCCUUCGAGUUGUAUAACCAAAAGGGCUUUUUUGUUACACUAACGAGGCUUCUUGUUAGAGCAGUGAUGUAUGACAAUACAGAGGAGUUUAAACAUAUCAGCAGCUUCACAAUUGAAGACAGCAGUACUAUUAUUCCAUACCGAAUGAUGUGUGAGUGGAGAUAUCACACGUGUUCAAGUCCUUGUGUUAAAACAUGCAGUGACCCCGAAGCUUCAAAGUGUAUUUUUUUACCUCCAGUGGAAGGUUGCUUUCCACGAUGUCCUAAGAAUAUGAUCCUUGAUGAGGUAACACGAAGAUGUGUCUACCCUGAAGACUGCAUUGUUUUACCACCCACUCCAACUCCAUAUAUGGUAGUAACAAGGUCGAACAGGACAACCUCGGUCCCUUCUACUACCUCAAGAACUACCACAAUGUUAACAACGUUAGCAGUGACAGAAAUGAGGAUCACUCCAGUAAAAGCAACUGUAUCAGAGCAGACCAAUGCCACUGCUACACCUGAGUAUACCACUGCAAGGACUACCCCAAUGACCACUGAAUUGUCAUCAUCAUCAUCAUCUAUAAUGACUACAUCUGCUGUGACUUCUUCUUUCGUGACUUCCACUGAUAUUUUAACAACGCUAAGCUCAGUGGAUACUCUAAUUACUUUAGCAACAGAACCAAAGACUGCUAAAACCACACAGAUAGCAACAUCAGCUCACACUCCGGUAUCUACAGUUUCAACAGAACAAUCUAUAUCUGUUCCCUACGUAUCAACAUCCAGAUCUACUGUGUAUUUGGCAGAGGCUAUACAAACAACCACGGCUAUGAAAAACAGAACAACAGAAUUUGCUCCAGUUGUUCAGUCUACCACCAUAGCUGUAACCACUCCACAUCCGUCUACAGCUACAACUUUUCCUUUAUCCACUGAAGAAAAGCUCUCUUCUUCGACAGCACUUAGAGCUGAAAUUGGGUCCUCUACAUCUCAGCAUCCACAAACAAUGGAUCUGGAGACAAAGAAACCUUCAGCAUCUUCUACUAGCACAACAGAAACAGAGUUCACCACAGCCUCUGAACUCACUACUCUGUUGUUAUCCUCCACUACGUCUUUGCCGUCUCCUUCAGUUGCGCCCAUUGUGAGAACAACUUUGCAAACCACAACAGACUUUACAACUUACGAAAGUACAUUGCCAGUGACCUCCAAACAUCCAUUCACAACAAUUCAUAACUUUACAACAACAGAAUCUGAGACAACUGAAAUUGUCACAUCAGAAGCUAUAACCCAAAAACACACAACUGCUAUGGCUUUACCUGUGGGGACUGAUCACACGACUGCUGCACCACCUAGCACUAUCACUUCACCUGCACCUGAUACCAUCAGCACCUUCAUACCUUCUUUGUUGCAGCCAACAUCAACUUGUACACCUCCUUUUUCUUAUCGGGUAGAUGAGUGUAGUGAAUACAUCUGCUUCAAUGGACAUCUGAUGUUCCAUAAUGCAUCUCUGCAUUGUCGAAAUAAUGUCACUCAGCCUAACUGUGGUCUCUUGGGAAUGCCAGUUCAAAUUAAUAAGGACCCCUGCUGCCCACAAUGGGAAUGUCCCUGUCGUUGUUCCAUUAUUUCUGACUUGCGUGUCAUUACAUUUGAUGGUAACAAUGUUGCACUCUAUGAUAAUGGUUCCUAUAUUUUGGUAAAUUUGCCAAGAGAAAAUAUUGUGGCUCACAUCGAAAAAUGUCCAACAAGUGAGAGUGUGAAUUCCAUUAGGCGCCCUACUGCUACUGGAGGAACCUCUGGGUUGUGUUUUAAAAAGCUGAAUAUCACAACACAUUCCUACAAAAUUCUUAUUAACCGACUGGACAGAAAGGUUUCCAUAAAUUUUAUAAAUGGUCGACUGCCAUUUACACGACAGUCAUUACACAUAGAUGACACUGGCACUAUGUAUGUCAUCAAUACACCUGGCGGUGUGAGCAUCCAGUGGUACCAUAGUACUGGCAUCAUAGUCCUGCAGUAUAACUCUCCUUACAACACAACAAGUGGAACUCAAGGGCUCUGUGGCUGCUGUGAUGGAAACCCUGCAGAUGACCUGAAACUUCCAAAUGGAACAAUAAUUAAAAAUGUGGAGGAUAUCCCAAUCUUUUUGUACAGCUGGAUGGUAAAUACUUCUGAAGAGACUGACUAUUUUCGCAGAGUGGGAUAUAACUGUACUACUGGCAACUGUACAAAAUGUUUUCAAAUGCUGAAUCAAAAUCCUUUUACUGCCUGUCAUGAAAAGGUUUCCCCGGAACAAUUCUGUGACAAGAUUUGGGCUGGUGAUCUUCACUACAAAGACCAUGAAUGUGAUUUUCUUGCAGCUUAUGUUGCAAUCUGCUACACACAUAACAUCUGUAUUAACUGGAGGAAACCAGAAUUUUGUCCACUAAAAUGUCCACCUGGGAAAGAAUACCAUCCAUGUGUAAGUACAUGUAAGACAAAAACCUGUCAGAAUAGAGAAUAUUAUGAAGAAUCCACCUGUUCCUAUAUAAGAGAAGAGUGUGUAUGCAAAAGUGGAACUAUCCUUCAUCGUGCAGACUCUGCAUUCUGCGUUACUGAGGACCAAUGUGUAUGUACUGAUAAUGAAGGCAGGCCAAGAGCACCAGGAGAAGUAUGGAAUGGUUCAAAUAAGGGGUGCUGCAUGUACAGAUGCAUGGAGAAUGGUAGUGUCAUUGCAGUAGAGCCUGACUGCAGUGAGGUUCCGGCUCCCAUCUGUGAGCGGGAGGGUGAAUAUGUCAUUGAUGUCAUUGAGGAAGGAGCUUGCUGUCCAAAAAAAAUUUGUGAGUGCAACUUAACAAUAUGUGACAAUGAAGUUCCCACAUGUGAAAAUGGAAAUAAACUUAUGAUUGGCUACAGCACCAUCUCCUGCUGUCCUGAAUACAGAUGUGAAUGUGAUUCCCUUGCCUGCCCCACUUCUGUGCCCUUGGAAUGCAGAGAAGACCAAUUUUUGGUGGAAGUUCGAGAGGAUAAGUCAUGUUGUUAUUCCUACCUAUGUGUUUGUGAGUCUUGUAUUGAUCCCAUUCCUGUAUGUAACGAGGGAGAAAUUUUGGCUGUGGAUCUGAACACAACCCAACAAUGUUGUCCUCAGUACCACUGUGUCUGUGAUGAGACCCUGUGUCAUAUCCAUCAAAAUGAAUGCUCACCUGGAAUGAAUUUAAUUCGGAAGACUGUACCAGGGCAAUGCUGUCCAGAGUGGCACUGUGAAUGCAACUGUCAAAAUAAUUUAACACAAUUAUGCCAGUUAGGAGAGCUUCCUGUAGAAGACCAUACCUUUUCCAGUGCAUGUGGCUGUAUUCAGUACAUUUGUAAAAAGGCAGAUGUAUGUCUUUUUCAAGGAAUCACUAUGUUGAGUCCCGGACAGUCCAUGAUCCAGUACUUUGAAGGUGAUCUGUGUCACACAGUGCAGUGCUUGCAAGAGAUCGAUCUAACAACUGGCUUCCAUUCAAUGGAUGUGGUCACUGUAAAUUGUUCUGAGAAGUGUGGGGAGCACCAAAUCUACAUACCAUCUUCGGAUCCUCAUACAUGCUGUGGCUCCUGCAAAAAUGUGUCCUGUACCUUUGGGAAUGAAAAUGGGACUCUUGACAUUUAUACUGUAGGGAGUACUUGGGUUUCUAACUGCACUCGAUUUGAUUGUGUGGAGACAGCUGUCGGGGCUGUGAUUCUUGGCUCUGGAGUUGUCUGUCCACCUUUUAAUGAGACUGACUGUAUUCAGAAUGGAGGCACUGUGCAGAGCUACAAUGACGGGUGCUGCAAGACAUGUAAAGAUGAUGGAAGAACAUGUAAAAAAGUCACAGUCAGGACUACAAUCCGAAAAGACGAUUGCAGAAGUACUACACCCGUGAUAGUGACCUCUUGUGAUGGCAAGUGCCCAUCAGCUACUAUUUUCAACUUCAAUGUGAACAGCCAUGCGAGAUUCUGCAAGUGUUGCAGAGAGAGUGGCCUGCAAAACCGGACAGUACAGUUGUUUUGUACUCGUAACAGCACUUCAGUGGACUAUGUUUUUCUGGAGCCAACAGACUGUUCUUGUCAGUGGAAUUAGCUUGUUUCUUGUGUAUUCAGUAAGUUUCAUACUGGGUCAAGGUCAAAUUGAACAUUACUUGUGCACACAAAGUGUUCUGCUAAAACUUUACUGAGCCUCAAGCAUGUGAAUGUUAUUAAUAAUAAGCAUAGUAAUGUGAAUAUACUGUAGUUCUACCUUUGUUGUCUAUUUGUUAUGCUUUCCAUUUUAUCUUUGAUUAUAACUGCAGUAAAAUUCUUUCAUUUUUGUUUUUUACUUUGAUGUUAUUUUUAUUAUAUUAUUAUUUUCAGAGGCAAUUCAUACUAAACAUAUUUAUGAUUUAAACUUAGAUUCACUGAAUUACUUCAGAUUCCUGGUGAAAUAUACAAUGUCAUUUUAUGUUUAUUCAUAGAUCACUCAUUAUUCAUAUCUGGAUAGUUAAUUCACUGGUUCUCUCAAUAAAACAACCACUCUCAUAUUAGAAAAAGUUAAAGUGGUAAAAUUAUUUUUUAACAAACAUUUUGAAAGUCAAAUUUAUCAUACUAAAGCCAAUUUUUUCAUUAUUGCAAGAGCCUUUAUUAAAACUGGAAUUAAAGUCUAUAUUUAAUAUUUCUGAGUUUUCAAAUAAAGGCUUGUGUUCUACCUAUGGAAGGAUCCUCAGGUAAUAUUUUUAUGAGAAUGCAACCUGGCAUGCUGCUCUUCAGUUUAAUUCACGGCUGAAACACCCUUAUAACAUAUGCAGUAUUUUUAUUUGUUGUUUUCUUCCAUCUUUUGCUGUUCUUAACUUUUGCCCUUUUCCACUAACAGAUCUGCCUGCCCCUGAAAAUAGGUUAUUUUAUCUCAACCCUAAUUCUAAACCAAAAGGCACACUGACACAACACAAUGCACACAGCAGAGAACAAAACACUCUAACGGCAUAGUAAAAUAGCAGCUGCUUAGCUCUUAAUAUUGGUUCAACUUGGAACAAAUGACUGUGAAGGCAGAAGAUCAACAUCAUCAAACAAGACUCUCUGGUAAAAUAGCAACAAGGGCAAGUUUUUGCUUGAAUCUCAGGUAUGUCUGUCCAGCUGUUUCCCAGUGGCUCAUUUGGAAAAAAAAGUAUAAAGAGUGGGUGGCCUGAUGACUUCAACAUAAAAGCACUUGGAUAUUCAACCAUUGUGACUAUCAGCAGUAAUAGGAUGUAGUACCUACAACAUUAAAUUAGUAAGAAAUACAAUUUUCAUAUACAGCAUGCUGCUCUUCCCCAUUGUAACCAAAAUUACUAGUGAUUUUAGACCUGUUGCUAUACUGUUAUUUUGCAGUUUGUCUCUAGAUGUAUAUAUUUCAAAAGGGCCGUGUUCUGCAGCUAAUAAAACAUCUCACAUUCCCCGCACAAGGUUAAAUACCUUUGAAAGUUUGUGUAAAUGCAAGCUAAUUUGAUGUACAAAAUAUGUAAACAUAGCAAGAAUCAUAUAUAUACAGUAUAUAUAUACAUAGCAUUCGAAGUCUGAAUCACAAUCUGAUUGUAUGGCUGUCAAGUA